UUGCAUAUUGGGAAGGUAACAGCUAAAGCUUUUUUUUCUGAGAGAGAGAUAGAGAGAUAUGGCUAAGAAAAUGGUGUCAAAGGUAGUAAUAGCAGUUCUGAUGAUGCUAGCCAUGGUAGCUGCAACAUCUUUUCCAACGGCGGUGAAUGCGAAAGAACUCGAUGCCAAGCAACAACAAACUACCUCUAUUGAUCAGAUCCGUAAUAAGGCUAAAGCAUGUUGUAACAAUUGCCUAUGUACAAAAUCAAUACCGCCACAAUGCCAGUGUACAGAUCGGAAGAAGAAUUGCUACAGAGGAUGCAAGAGGUGUAGGUGCACCAAAUCUUCGCCUCCUAAGUGUCGUUGCAUGGACAUAAGGAAAAAAUGUUAUCCGAAAUGCCGUAUUUCUUCUUCACUGCCUCCACCACCACCAUCUAGUAGCAGGUGCAGCCCAAAGUGUAAAGUAUGUAUGUGCACAAAAUCAUUCCCUCCUAAAUGCUCUUGCAGGGAUGCACCAACACCGCCACCAUCAUCGAGUUGCAAUCCAGAUUGUAAGAUGUGUUUGUGCACAAAAUCAUACCCUCCUAAAUGCUCUUGCAAGGAUUCACCACCACCACCACCACCACCGUCCAGUUGCAGUCCUGAUUGUAAGAUGUGUUUAUGCGCAGAAUCAUACCCUCCUAAAUGUUAUUGCAAGGAUGCACCACCACUACCACCACCGUCUAGUUGCAGUCCAAAUUGUAAGAUGUGUCUGUGCACAAAAUCAUUCCCUCCUAUAUGCUCUUGCAAGGAUGCACCACCACCACCACCACCACCACCACCAUCAAGUUGCAGUCCAGAUUGUGAGAUGUGUAUAUGUACACUAUCAUUCCCUCCUAUAUGCUCUUGCAAUGAUAUACCAACACCACCACCACCGCCGUCUAGUUGUAGUCGUCAUUGUAAAAUGUGUAGAUGCACCAAAUCACUUCCUCCACAAUGCUCUUGCAUGGAUACACCAACAGUACCACCUCCUCCUUCUGGUUGCAAACCAGAAUGCCAGCAGUGUAGUUGCUCAGAAUCCUACCCUCCUAUAUGCUCUUGCAAGGAUGACUGAUUUCAUAGCCAAACUUAAGUCUGUAUGUCAAUCGAUCUAGAUCUACAUGAAUUUGGAUUACUUUCAAUGUAUCUUGUUGGGUGAUAUUUCUGUUAAUAUAUAUCCUUAUUUAUCCUA